UUUAUUUGUGAUUUUAGCAUGGCAGACUGAGGUACACGUCGCUCCGCUAUUUCGUGUCGAACGCAAAACACCGAUACGACAAAAAAUUCGACGUAAAUUUUCUGUCUCAAUACUUUGAGCAGCAGCGCGCGUAAUUCAAAGUUAUCACAACAAUUCAAAAUCUUUGCAAAUUAAAACCAAGCAAUAACAUUUCAAAAGUGUGUGCAAAUAUUCUAAUUAAUUUUAGAAGAAAUUGGCGAAAGUUAUAAGGAAAAUUUCACAAAUUAAAUUCCAAAAUAAAAAUAAAAUAUAUAUUGUUAUACCAAGUGAUAUACAAAUAGAAACAGAUACUUGUGAACAUAGUCAGUGCUGCAAACAAAAAACAAAUAAUGCAAUCUGUUCAUUGUAAUACGGUGGGCCAAGCGGCUGUCUCCAGGCUUCACCCACUGACUGACCUGUGAGUUACCGCCAGGAAUUAUAAUCCAGUGACUGAGAUUAACUAUUAAACUAAACUUACUGACAGCAAAUAAAACAACUCUACCAAAGAGCCGCAAGGUGCAACAGCAAGAACAACACUACACAAUUUUUUUUGGUUCAUUCGCUUCACUUCGGCCUUUGGCUAUUUUGUUGGUAAAUUGGAUAAACGCAGUGAACACGCAACUCUCCCAACGGCCCAGCCGAAAAUGUGCACAGAGGUAAAUUCAGCAAUGGGUCUUCAAGCAACAGCCGCUACCAAGCGGAAGCAUGAGCUGACCUUUGAUAGCAAGGAUGCCAACACCACCUACACGGGCAACUGUGCGCCGCCUCCGGUGAAGGCCAACAAAUGGGCCAUCAACAACAACAACUACCUGGAAUCGCUCGAGGAGCAACAGCAAAAGACAACGCCAACAGCAACGGAGCAACAACAGCAGACCGAAUCCAACAACAACAAUGUGGAGACCCUGAAGACAGCUCAUAGUAUUAUUAGCAACAGCAACGGUGACGAAGUUACUAUCCCAAGCAGCACAAGCACGACCAGCAAAAGUCCUGCCGAGGUGCCACUGCCGCCAACGGCAAGUGCAGCCAUACCCGAGGACAACAUUGCCAAGCUCGAGGUGGUUGCUGCGGUGCCCUGCGAGCCCUGGUCAACGGCAGCAGCUUCGCCAGUGGCAGCCGCCUCUGUGGGCAGCAGCAACAGCAACGAGCCGGUCGACUGCAUCUCCAAGCUGCAGGCGGUGGCAGUGCCCAGUGAUCCUUGGGGCAGCAUUGCCACACGCUCCACGCUGGCCACGACGCUGCUCAGCGCGGAUGAGUUGGACGACGAUGACGAUGACUUCGAGGAUGAUUACGAGGAGGAGGAGAGCAUUAUACCCACCUACUGUCCCAUGCGCUAUCAUCCCUUCGCCCAGCAGCAGCAACAGCAACAACAGCAGCAACAACAGCAGCAGCAACAUCAGCAGCAAGCGGCUGCUGCAGCAGCUGCCGCAGCGCAGCAACAGCAACGCAGCUACGCUCCCGGCUACGGCAGCCGUCCCGCCUACUACUCGGAGCCGUUUCCCCAGCAAAAUUGCUCGCGCACCGGCAGCCCGCAGCACAUGGCGCCGCGAGGCUUUGCUCCACCGCAGUGGACGACAACGGGAGCAGCGGGCGUGCCUGGUCCACCGCCCAGUGGCGCAGCAGCCACGCCCAGUGCCGCCCAGCAGCAGCAGCAGUUCUACGAGAAUGGCGGCGGCGUUGUUUAUGCGCAGCCUGCGCCACAGCAGACGAUACGCUGUGCGGAGAAUGGCAAAUCCUAUCUGGACUUGGGCUGCAGCAGUGCGGCGAGCUCGACGCCAACGAGCGCGUUGCCCAGCAGCGGCAACAACAGCAGCAGCAAUGUCAACAGCAACAGCAAUGGUCCCGCGCCCGCUGCCUUUGUGCCUGGCGGUUUGCCUCUGCCUUUGCACGGUCUGCCGUUGAAGCGUUGCUGCGAUGGACGCGGCGGUUGGUGCAGCGCCAAUCGCAGCUGCUACAAGGAUACGCGACUGAAGAUACGCAAUCUAUCGAUGUUCAAGUUGUCGCGUUUUCGCCAGGUGUCGGAGCAGUCGCUGUAUCGCUCGGUCCUCAUCUGCAACACACUCAAGCGCAUCGAUCGCGAGAUCGAGGCCGAGGCCAAGGAGUUGCAUCAGGCGGCGCAGCAGCAUCAUCAGCAGGCUGCCGCGGCAGCAGCUGCAGCCGCAGCUCAGGCAGCUCAGUACCAUCCAGCCUAUCAGCAACAGCAGCAGCAGCAGCAACAACAGCAGCAGCAGCAGCAAACGCCGCCAGCGCCUCUGCAUCAUGCUCAACAGGAUUAUGCGCCCGUUUUGAACUGUGCGCGCUUGGCCAACAUGGAUCACUAUCAGCAGCUGGCGCAAGCGCCCAGUUUCCAACCCCAAGCACCACCGCCACUUGGCUACCACGAGCGACUCGAUGCGCCGCCGCCCGCCUACCGAGCUGCCGGUGUCCCAGCAGCAGCAGCCAGCUCAGCAGCAACAACUGGCGCGCCAACGGGCUUCCAGCCAUUGGCGACUGGCAGCAAUUGUGAUACGUCGUCUGCUAGCACGACGCUGCAUCCUUACGACCACUAUCCGUUUCGGGAGUCGCAGUCUGGACGUGCCACGCCCUUCCCCACCUGCCAGAGCACAGUUGUCGCCGCCCCCGCAGCAGGAGCAGCAACAGUUGCUGCCGCGCCAGCAGCAACAGCAGUCGUAAGCAGCGCCAGCGAGACGCCAGUGAGCGCCGCUGUCUCUGUGGUGGCUGCUACGCCUGCACAAGUCGCCAACAGCAGCAACUCGAGCAGCAGCAACAUCAACAACACCAGCAGCAGCAACGCGAGCAGCAGCAGCAACAACUCUGCCACCAGCAGUGUGGUCAGCGCCUGUGAUUCCAGCGAUUCGGGUUAUGCGGAUGACGAUUCUACGCGUUCCAUCAACUGGAGCUCGGUGCUCAGCCUUAGCUCGCAGUCGGCGCUGGAUCCGCUGAACAACAACGAUCUGUUCAACAUAUUGCCCGCCGCUGCCACUCCCACUGCGGUGCCUGUUUGCAUAGCGAACAGCAGUACCGGCAGCAGUAGCGCAAAUUCGCCGCUGGCCUUCAGUGGCAGCUUCACCACUGUGCAGGCGAGCAACUCGAGCAGCAGCAGCAGCAACAACAACUCGUUGUCGUCGUCGACGACAGCAACGUUCACGACAUUGUCGACAAUUUCGUCGGCAACGCAUUCACUGACCUCAUCCUAUGUGAGCAGCAUUAGUUCCAACGUGUCGGCGGGUGCCAAUACAUGGGAGUAUGGUUUCCUUGAUAUGGAAUUCGGCCUGGGAUCCGAGUUUACCGAACUGGUGCCCAGCUGCAAGCUCAGCUCAGAUGAACUCUUCAAGAGCGGCCUCAGUGGCCCAGUGGCCAGUUCGAGGCUGCACGACAAUGAGCUCGAACAGCCCGCUCACAUUAUGGUCGGCAGUUAGUAUCAGUUGUAAGCUAGCUGUUCGACUGGUGUUCGAUGUUGGCCGCCGGGCGUUGUUGCGUGCGGGUCACGCGUCGACGCCAGGUGGCGCCACAUAGCAAUUCCCAAGCAGUAUUCAAUAUGUAAUUGUUGCAAGCAAAAUACUAAAAAAAAAUAAUGAAAAAAAACGAAACAUAAUUUCGAAUUAUGCUCAGGUUGUGAAACGUGCACCAUGCCCCUGGUUCCGCUGUCCACUCCACUCCUAAAAAACACUCCCCAACCACAAGCACCGCCCAUUUUAAACCCAAGCAAGCAAGCAAGCAUUCGGAUGUCACCGCCAGGGGGCGCAAUUGCAAUUGUAUUGAAAUGAGAAACUAAGAUGAUAAAAUGGUAUAUGACAAAUGAAAACUAUUAGCAAAUUUUUAAGUGUAAAUAUUGUAAAAGAACAACAACAACCACUUGUAGCACAUAAGUUUGAGCAAGCAAAAACAAAGAGUAUAUAAACAA